CUCCUUAAUGAUUUGAUUGCCAUAGUAACGUCUAAACAUAUCAAAGUUAUCAGAGAAUGUUUUUUAUUAAAUGUUUGCAUAAACUUGAGAAUAAUUUUUCUUAAAUAUCAGUUCUAUAAACAUUAACUAAACUAAAUUUCAACAUAUCAUGACUCAUGACUUGUCAAAUUCCUAUCAAGAUAUAAGUGAAGUUAAUGAAGAUAAUAUUGAAAACGAAAUGAAACGUAUUGAAAAACUUGAUGAAUCAAUAAACGAUUUAGAUUUAGAAUUAAAGGAGGUAUCAAAUGAAUUAUCAAAUUUACAAUUAAAAAAUCGUCAGAUUUUAAAAGAAUCACUAAUGUCGAAUUUUGAAAUUGCUGGGCUAGCUAAGAAUACACUAAAAUAUUUGAAUUUAUAUUCAAUAAAAGUGUCAUCGGAUGAUGUUUCUAAUCAUACAAAUCCUCAACUCGAAACAAAUCAAUCCAAUGAUUCAUCAAUUGAAUCCUGUCAAGAUUUAUCGCAUGAAAUUAAAAAUAGUGCUGUCUUUAAUCACAAAAUAUUUUCUAUAACGGACGAAGAAAAAUUACAACUAGAAUCAUUGUUACGCAAUGAUUCGCCAGUUAACAAACCUAUUGAAGUGAUAUUAGAAAAUAGUUAUAAUCAACCUAAUCCUUAUAAGUUUGAUGAAAUUUUAGUAAAUUCAUUAAAAGAAUUAGAUGAACAACUAGAGUCUAUAGUGAAUUGGAAAAAAAACUUCACAUAAGUUAUUAUUGACUAAGAAAUCUUCCACACAAGAAGUAUUACGUGAAAAUAAAUAAUUUCAUUGUCAAUCCAAUGAAUUCUUACAACUAUUGAACCAGAAAAAAAA